AAAAUACGAAAGCAUACGAUCAAAUAUAAUUAUUAAAGAUUUACCGUGAUUAAAUAACGUUAAUUAUCUUAAAAAAAAAAUUGUUAAUUUCUGUUGUGUUUUUAUCAAUAAAAAUUGAACAAUAAAAAUAAAUUUUAAAUUUUACUUGUUAUUUUAAAUUGAAUUUUUAAUUAAACAAUAUUUAAAGGAUUCAAAAGGAUUUUUGAAACUUGAAAAUUUUUGUAUUUCAUAUAAAUUUUAAAUAGUGUUAAUUUAAUUAAAAAAAAAAGAACAAAAAAUACAUUAGAAAUGGCUAAAAGUAUACCAAGACGUCAUGCAAUACCGAUCCUUUACACAAGAGGAACUCAUUAUGAUGUCGGAUUCGAUAUGGGUCGAACAUUUGCAUCUAUAAUCAAUAAUUUUGUUGAUAUAUUUGAACCUUUAAAUAAAGAAUAUUUACCAUUAUAUGAAACACCAAAAGGAAAGGAAGCUUACGAUCAAACCUUGGAUACUGUUAAAAAGUCAUUUCCACAAUAUAUUCGUGAAUUAGAAGGCAUUGCUGAUGGUGCUAAAGUUGAAUUUCAUAAGUUAUUCCUUUUACACAUGGAUGAAAUUUUGCCCCAAUCAUUAAAAAAUGAAAACAGUGUUCAAGCAGCACCCGUUGGUUGCUCAACAAUUAUUGUAAACCAUGAAGACUGUCGUAUCCUAGCUCAUACUGAAGAUGCUCUGACGGAGACACUGAACAAUUAUUAUUUUGUUGUAGCUCAUAUAAUAAAUGAUACACCGCAAGGAAAAUAUAAUGUUAAAGAAGAAAAAUUUAUGUCUUUGUGUUAUGCAGGACAUUUACCAGGAUACACAAUGAAUUACAAUCACCAUGGACUUGUAUUUUCAAUCAAUACAAUUUCAGCCACCUAUUUAAGAAGUGGAAAAACACCUCGCCAUAUAUUAACAAGAUCUCUUCUGUCUUCUGAUUCUUAUGAACAAGCUUUAACAAUUUUGAAAGAUUCUGGUAUUGGAGCAGCAGAUGCUUGUUCUAUUAAUUUAACAUUUUUAAAAAAUAAUGAUGCCAAAAUGUGUUAUAAUAUUGAAAUGGGACCAGUUGAUGGAGAUGGCACAGAAUCACAAUUAGAUAUUCGUGAGAUACCGAUAGGUGAUCACAGUUUUCAUUGUAAUAAAUAUUUACGCUUACAAGUACCAGAAGUGAAUCCUUAUAUGGUAGAUUCGAGUGAUAGUAGAAUGAAAGCUUUCAAAUCAUAUGAAAUACCAAAAACAAAAGAAGAUGUUAAAAAUAUGUUGGGUGAUACCAGUGGUGGAGAGCAUUGUGUUUUCAGAGAUAAUGGUGAUGUUAACGAAUUAGUUAAAACUAUUGCUGUUGGUGUUUUUGAUUUAGAGGCAAAAACUUACGAAUUAUAUUCAGAUAACCCAAGAUAUAACGAACCUCAUGUUGUUAUUCCUUUGGUAAUAAAAGAAGACUAAAUCAUAUUAUUAUAUAAAAAUUUAUAUU